UUGAAGAUGGGGCGACUUCCCCCCCCCUCUCUCCAACACCUACCUUUCUGUGUAAUGCCUACCUACUCCAUCUUCGUUCGAGCUAUGGCACUUUCUUCACCUCGCAUUUUGCUCUGUGCGGCUGGUGAAAUUUCACAUUUGCAACCCCCUAUCCCUGGAACUCAAUGGAGCAAAUCAGCCAACAAAGACCAAGGACGAAAACGAGGCGAAACUCGAGUCCCAGCGCUCGAACCCUUUCAGCCUCGAGCUUCCAGAGCCGUCUUCCUGGGACACAGGCGUUGGCUUCGCUCUACGGGACACUUCUUAUCGAAUUAGUAGUGCCUUAUUAUAUCCCCUCCU